GUCCCUGCCCUCCGGUGCGACCGUCGCGGACCGGGGCGGGCGCGGGAGGACGAGCGUGGCUCGGGCUGCGGUAACCGAGCGGAGCUGCCAGUCCGAGCUUCGGGGACGUAGAGCUGCCUGGCGCCCGCGCUCACUUCGUGUUCUGUUUUGACAGCUCACUUUCGUUCUACUUUGGGAGAGAAAGGAAGUCAAAUGCCCUUUAAAAACUCCUUUUCAGAAUUCAUUCCCUGGUGACCGGCAGGAAUGAACUUAAACUGUCUUGUCGUUUGUUGGCUGUGGCGGUUAGAAGAGGGGCUCAGAGUUAAUGUAAGAGUGGAGCAACCUUGCCGAAGAUGAAGCAUAUACGUUAGAGAAGUUUUUUCUUUUUUCUCUCAAAAGUUUUGUUUGAGGGCUUGUCUCCAGUUGCUGCUUUACAAUCAAGUCUGCUUUCUUCAUUGAAAAUGUUUUUUACAAUCUCAAGAAAAAAUAUGUCCCAGAAGUUGAGUUUAUUGUUACUUGUGUUUGGACUCCUUUGGGGAAUGAUGUUACUGCACUAUACUUUUCAGCAACCAAGACAUCAAAGCAGUGUCAAGUUACGUGAGCAAAUAUUAGAUUUAAGCAAAAGAUACGUUAAAGCUCUUGCAGAGGAAAAUAAGAACACCGUAGAUGUCGAGAAUGGUGCUUCUAUGGCAGGAUAUGCUGAUCUGAAAAGAACAAUUGCUGUCCUUUUGGAUGACAUUUUACAACGCUUGGUGAAGCUGGAGAGCAAAGUGGACUAUAUUGUUGUGAAUGGCUCAGCUACUAACACUACCAACGGCACUAAUGGGAACUUGGUGCCAGUAACCACAAAUAAAAGAAUAAAUGCCUCGGGCAGCAUCAGAUAGCAGUUGAAGAUCACCUUGCACUGUUAUAUUCACUGUGAAUUAUAUCCUAUCACAGAGAAGCUUUUUAAUUGCUGGCUAGGAGAGAGUAAUACUUUACAAUAAAAGUGCAACAUAUUUUCAAGGAAUUUGCUGGAUUCAUGGAACUCUAAUUCUGUAUAUAAAAUUAUAAGUGUCACUAGUUUGCUUUCAGACAAGUCUCCCAUGCUGUACUACAUCCUUAAAGGGAGUUUGUCAACAUGGUUGAUGUGAUAAGCAGGUAGGUGAUCUUUGUGUAAAUGUUUUGUGUUUGAGGUCAAAUUGAAACAAAAACACUAAAAGAUGUGAAUUUGGUUUCAUAAAAUAUUUAAGUAUAUAACAUGUUUUCAGACAAGUGGAGAAUAUUGUUACAGAAUUAUUCUGUCAUUUGUUCUCAGUAAAUGUAACUGUUCAACUAAGGUUACUGGAAAAUGUGCUUACUUCCAAUACUAUAUUUUGUUACUCAGAUUAUGAACAGAGAAAUGAAGUAUAAUGUUAAAAGAUAGUGUUUUGAAAUCAUGACCCAAAGAAUGUCUUCAUUUGCACUAUUCGUCAAAAUAGAGGAAGGUUAAUUGUUGUAUAUUUUUAAAAAUUACAUUUGUAAGUAUAAUCUUGAAAUGGUAGCAGCCACUGUCUGUAACCUAGUCUAAAUAUUGGGGGCAAUUUAUAACAACAUUAAAGUUGCUUAUCUAAUCUCAUAUUUAAAAUUUCUUACAUAUAUCUGGAAAAUAAAAGUAUUUUUAUGAUAAAAUGAAAUAUAGCUAUAGUCAUGAUUUUUCACAUACAUGAGUGUUGAUUUAAAAGUUUAAUCCCUUAGCUAGAUGCAGUGUUAAACACCUGUAAUCUCAGCUACUCAGGAGGCUAGGGCAGGAAAAUUGAGAGUUCAAGGUCAACCCAGGCAACGUAAUGAGACUGUCUUUAAAAAACAGAAAUGAAACUUAACUCUGUGAGUGUCUAGGACAUAAGGAAAAGCACAUGAUUCCGUAUUUGGGUAGUUUUGCUUCUGUUGGUGGGACAGGAGGGGACUCAAGGACCUUUGACAGAUGUAUAUAAUGUAGGUAUUGUGCUGCAUAAAUUGCUUGGAAAGUGCUGCUAUUUAUGUUACAUGAGUACCCUGCUUUAUGAAAGUUUGGAUUAGAUAUUUAUCUUACAUAAUGACCACUUAAUUAAGGACAUUUAUAUUGUAAAGAUUGACUCUCUUUUUCAGGAAAAUAGUGAUUAUAAACAGCACAAGAAAACUUAUACUUGGAUAAUUCUAAUAUAGAACAAAAUACACCUUUAUUUAAAUUUCCAUGUAGCAAAUCUGAUUGCUAUAUGGUGCCCUGUGUUUCAUAGUAUUUAUUCUCUAUACUGCUCAAGUGCAGCUAGCAUCUAGAUUUAGCCUCUAUGGACUUUAAUUUUAGAUACUGUAUUGUUCAAGAUUUCAAUAUGCUACCAAAAGUUGUAACAUUAAUUAUAGCAUUUUGUUGAAAUAAGUAUGAGAAAAUAUUUCAUGAAGAUAGCUUCCCAAACUGUCUUCUCUGUACCUUUAAAUGAAGAAAUUAAUUAUAUACCACUACCAGGUAAAGUUUGGAAUAAUUGUUCUCUCUUGAUUAGAUGUAGACAUUUUGUUUUAUGUGUUUGUUUUCAGGGAUGAAAUAAAAUAUAUUAUUUGUA